CAGAACAAUCCACAUCUAAGACCUUGGAGUAGUCCAAACGUAGAAAAAAAACAAGCAAAAGAAAUGUCAAAUUUGUUGACAUGCUAGCUAGCUAUCUUCUUUUCUCUUUCUUUUUCUUUGUAGUUUACUGUAUUGAAUUCACAGUUACAUCAACUUUUUGUGCCAUGUCCAGAGUCUUUGUUUGCAUCGGCACCAUAAAUGAGCAACCGAAUAACUCAUGCGAUUCCGGGCACGGAAAUGGGAUCGAAUACCAAUGAUCAUCAUGAAUCGCAGCAGUAUAACCACAAAGUUCCAGUGCCUCAGAAGCAGAAUCUGUUUACAGAGUUCAAAACCUCUAUCACAGAUAUUUUCUUCCAUGAUCAGCCCUUGAAGAAUUUCAAGAAUCAGCCCAAGUCAAGGAAACUGUUACUUGGAUUACAGGCUGUUUUCCCAAUCUUCGAUUGGGGAAGAAGCUACACGCUGUCUAAGUUCAAAGGUGAUCUAAUUGCUGGACUCACCAUUGCCAGUCUCUGUAUUCCCCAGGAUAUUGGUUAUUCAAAACUUGCUGGUUUGGCUCCUCAGUAUGGACUUUACAGUAGCUUCGUUCCGCCAUUGAUAUAUGCGUUCAUGGGGAGCUCCAGGGAUAUCGCCAUCGGACCGGUGGCGGUGGUGUCUCUGUUGCUCGGAACUCUGCUUCAGAAUGAACUGGAUCCCGUCAAGCAAAAGAAAGAUUAUCAGCGCCUCGCUUUCACCGCUACAUUCUUCGCUGGAAUCACCCAGUUUGCUCUCGGUUUUUUCAGGUUGGGAUUUCUGAUUGAUUUUCUGUCACACGCCGCCGUGGUCGGAUUUAUGGGUGGUGCCGCCAUAACCAUAGCCCUUCAACAGCUUAAAGGCCUGCUCGGAAUCAAGACAUUCACCAAGAAAACUGACAUUGUUUCUGUGAUGCGUUCUGUAUGGACCAAUGUUCAUCAUGGAUGGAAUUGGCAGACUAUUGUCAUCGGAAUCUCCUUCUUGGCCUUCCUUCUCGUAGCCAAGUACAUCGGGAAAAGGAACAGGAGAUAUUUCUGGGUACCAGCAAUUGCUCCCCUCAUUUCAGUCAUCAUCUCCACCUUCUGUGUUUACAUCACCCAUGCUGAAAAGAAAGGUGUCCAAAUUGUCAGGCAUAUUGAUAAAGGAGUCAACCCAUCAUCUAUCCAUGAAAUCUUUUUCACCGGAGACUAUCUUGUUAAAGGGUUCAAGAUUGGAGUUGUGGCUGGAUUGAUUGCAUUAACUGAAGCUGUCGCAAUUGCGAGGACUUUUGCUGCAAUGAAGGAUUAUCACAUAGAUGGAAACAGGGAAAUGGUAGCAUUAGGCUCCAUGAACAUCGUCGGCUCUUUCACUUCCUGUUACGUCGCCACGGGAUCGUUUUCGCGAUCGGCCGUUAACUACAUGGCCGGAUGUAACACGGCAGUAUCCAACAUUGUGAUGUCAAUGGUGGUGCUACUCACAUUAGAGGUGAUCACACCGCUGUUCAAAUACACCCCGAACGCGAUCCUGGCGUCGAUCAUCAUAGCAGCCGUGCUUGGUCUCAUCGACAUUGAGGCAAUGAUAACCAUCUGGAAGAUUGAUAAGCUGGAUUUCCUUGCCUGCAUGGGAGCCUUCUUUGGUGUUGUUUUUGUAUCUGUCGAAAUCGGACUUCUUAUUGCGGUAGCAAUUUCAUUUGCCAAGAUCCUACUCCAAGUGACAAGGCCAAGGACGGCAAUACUUGGGAGAGUCCCAAGAACAAAUGUGUACAGAAAUAUUCAACAAUAUCCAGAUGCAGCCAAGAUCCCCGGCAUCCUUAUUGUGAGAGUUGAUUCCGCUAUUUACUUCUCUAACGCCAACUACGUCCGAGAAAGGACAUUGAGAUGGCUAUCUGAAGAAGAAGAAGAGUUGAAAGCGAGUGGCGCUUCCAAGUCUACAGUCCAUUGGCUAAUUGUGGAAAUGUCACGUAAAGUCCUUUCAUUUUAUUACUCGCAACAUUUUUUUUUUCUUCUCAAGAUUUCCGUAAAAAAAGACUUGUAAUCCUAAUCUGGGCCCUUGUUCAAUUUUUUCAGCCGUUACUGACAUAGACAUCAGUGGUAUACAUGCAUUGGAAGAAUUGUAUAAGAGUCUUCAAAAGAGAGAUAUUCAGCUUGUUCUGGCAAAUCCGGGAACCGUAGUACUCGAAAAGCUGCAUUCAUCCUCCUUUGCAGAGCUGAUCGGAGAGGACAACAUUUUCCUCACAGUAGCCCACGCUGUGGCUAAAAUUGCCCCUAAGCUGGAGCCUUAAAUCAAUAAUUACAACCACAAGAUUUUUUUCCAACCUGUCAAACUUCAAACAAACACACACAACAAGUCUUUGGUUCGUUUCGUAUGAUGGAUUGAUUUUCUUAACAACGUUUUUUUUUUUCCUAAGUUUGACAAAGUCAGAGUUUUCCAAGUUUGAACACAAAACCAACAAGAAGUCUACACUGUAUAGGGAUGCCUUUAAUUUGUGGGGUUAUAUUUGCAACUUGUUUCUACGUUCUGGAAUUUCGGUCGUUCGGCAUUUGGGAUUUGGCCAUUUGACAGAAAUUUUUUCACCGUUAUUUUCCUUCCACUUUGUGUAAUUAUUUUUUUUUUUGAAAAGUCCAAUGUAAGGUGGGGUAUAUUAUGGGGAGGCAGAAAACGGAGAUGUCUAUAAACAAGAAAGGGGGGAAAAAAGAUAUGGCCGAAGAAGACAAUAUAUCAAAACAGCUGGUUCUUGUUUCCGCUCCUUAGUCCUUACAAAGUUCAGAAAAAAAAAAAAAAAAUUGUAUUCAUUUUUGUAUUCAUUUGCAUCUUUGUAAAGAUAAGAAUGAGAAAUGUUGUUUUCGGUACGUAAUAGUGUUACAGUUGUGCUUCAGAAUACAAAUUUAAUGUUUUUAUUCAACAUAUAUUGCGAAAUUAAUUGGUUUGGAUUCGGAC